AUGGAAAAGCACAUGUCAUUGGAUGAAAAUCAAAAAACAGUUGUGCUGAAUAAAGAGAACGAAAAGUGCUUGGAAAAGAUAUCUCAACUUCAAGACAUUGAAGCGUGCAUUACAGUAUUUCAAAAGAAGAUCAAAGCUGGACCAUUUCAUAUAUGUUGUGUGUGUAACCGAACAUUGUAUAAAAAGUCUGUACUGAUCUUACAAAAAGAGAAAUAUCCUUGCCAAGAUUGUUUUGUUAUUCAACCUUCUUUUGAUUGCAAAGAGUACAUCUGCAAAACUUGUCACUCUAAAUUAAUAAAAGGUCAGCAGCCCUGUCAAGCCGUGAUUAAUAAUUUGUUUGUUGAUGAAACCCCAGUGGAGCUUGCUACAUUAGAGAAACUUGAACAAAUUCUUAUUGCACAGAGAAUAGUUUUUGAAAAAAUUGUAGUAAUGCCGAAAGGACAACAAAGAAAAAUUAAAGGUGCAAUAUGCAAUGUGCCAGUUGAAUGUAGUCAAAUGUGCAAUGUUCUUCCCAGACCACCUGACAGAUCUGGGAUAAUUUUACUUAAAUUAAAAAGGAAAUUUCAAUUUAGAGGUCAUGUUUACUUCCAAGCAGUUCGCCCUCAGAUUGUAAUUAAUGCAUUAAACUGGCUUGUCGCAAACAAUCCUUUAUACAAAAAUAUUCAAAUUAAUUGUGCGAUUAUCAGCUCAGAUUUGACAAAUUUGAACUGUCCUGCAACUGAUCAAGAAAAUACAGACGAACCAUCACAAUCACAAACACAAACAAAUGCUAUUAAAAAAGUGAUCGAUGACGAGCCUGAAGAGCACGACGAUCCAUUAAAUGAACACCGCUCAGCUGCAAGUGAAACAUGUCUUCAAUCCAUUUUGCCAAAUUAUCCAGUUAGUGUUGAAAAUACAGACUGUGAUAAUUCAACAGGAAGAGAGGUUUUCAACAUUGCACCUGGUGAAGGUAAACACCCUGUAUCAAUGAUGACUGAUAAACUUUGUGAGGAACUUUCAUUUCCAGUGCUAUUUCCCAAAGGAAGAUUUGGCUACACUGCUGAACGAGACAUGAAGUUAUCUCCAAUAAAGUAUUUCAAUGCUCGACUCUUGCAUUACAGUGGAAAAUUUGCGACUAAUCCAGAGUAUCUCUUCUAUGCCCAGUUCAUUAUGGGACAAAAAAAGAUAUCUGAUAGUAUUAACAUAGCUUUAAAAAAAGUACAUGGUCAGUCAGUCACAGCAUCACAAGUAAAAUCAAACAGUCAAGCUUUUCAAAAUCUUCUUUUGCAAGAUCAAGCAUAUUUGUUUUUACGACAAAUUCCCGGCUCACCUCCUUACUGGCAAAAAUUCAUGUAUGAAGUGGUAGCAAUGGUUAAACAGCUGGGAAUACCAACAUGGUUCAUGACAUUAUCGUGUGCAGAUUUAAGGUGGCCUGAGCUAUUUCAGAUUAUCGCUAAAACAAAAGGAAAUGACUUAACAGAUGAAGAAGUAGAGGCACUAUCCUAUCAUGAACGAUGUUCAAUGCUUAAUUUAAGUCCAGUUAUUGUCGCAAAACAUUUUCAAUACCGAGUCGAAACAUUAUUCAGAGACGUUUUGCUCACAAAUACAAACCCAAUUGGUAUAGUGAAUUUCAAAUGA